AUGGCUGCUCGCCCCGCCAGUCUUCUGCGCUUGCGCGGACAGCACCGUGAGCAAGAUCAGCCCGCAGCCAAGCUGCCUCGAAUCGAGAUUCCGCCGACCGGGCCCAAACUUCUCUUUGCGGAUCAUUUGAGUGCUCAGCUUGCUGUCGUUGGCUUUCAGUGUCCGGUUGCCGUGUGUGAGAUUCGGCUGAUCCCACUCAAUGUCACAGUCCCCAAAAUGACCAUAAGCGGGCGGACGGUGCCAAGUGUAAAUGUGCUUACUCUACAACAUUCGGAGUUUGGGGUGGAUGGUCAAGUCAAGCCGUUCAUGCGCACUCUGGGCACGCUGACUUUCUCCGAUGCAGUGGUGGCCCACCCCGUGGACAUACCUGCUACAGACCGCAUCAUCUUGAGCGGAAAUUUUGAGGAAAUUACGUUAAUCAUCCUGGGUGCUCCCGACGGGCGAGCGCUCGAGCGAUUACGCUGUCAUGAGGAGGAGCAACGCCUGCUCAAACAGGAACCCAGACGACAAAGCAGCGAGCCAGCGGUGGUCCCAACGACCCUGGCCCCCUCAAGCGCAAUGCCCAAAAGUCAGCCUUCUCCGUCUGAAAGUUUGCCAAAGCGCACAAGCCCUGUGCAGUCUGUUGUACUGCAUAGCAAUAAUGCCGUGCAACAUGAUGGGCAUAUGGACGAGCCAAUGGACGAGACGAUGAAUGAGUCAAUGGACGAGCCAAAGCCAACGGACGAGACAGUGAAAAAGUCAACGGACGGGCCUCCAAAGCGCCACGAUGAGCCGUUAAAGAACGAGACCGAGGCAGAGUCGGAAUCUGAGAACAAGGCUGAGCCAACGGCAAAAGAGGAUGACCGUGGUGAUGAUGAUGGCAAUGAGAGGGUUGAUGGCGAUGCCCUCAUGGACGAGCCAAGGAGCGGCUCUAUUGAUAAAGCAUCACCUGCUGAACAGCCAAAGCCUGAUCAUCAUAGGUCCAAGGAGGAACACUCCAGUAUUCAGUUGGAAAACAAGGUUGCUGCGGAAAACCUCGGGCAUUCGCACAUGGACAGUGAUGUCGACGCCGUGAGUGAUGAUGAUGAUGACGUAGCCAGAGGCGACAAUAACGAGCCUCCCGGCGCCAUGCCGCGAGAUUCCAGCGGGCAUGAGAACGCCACCGAUAACCGUGCCUCAGACUCGAUCAUCACCAACACUGCGAGAGUCAGACCCCAGGUGGUCUGUCCUGGCCAUGUGCUCUACCUCUAUACCGCCACAGCAGCUUCAAAGCACCGUGCCGCUAUUUGCCGCUGA